CAGGCCGUCAAAGCCGCAGGAGGACGAGACAGAGUAUAAAAGAGGCAGAGAGAGAGAGAUCUCUUGCUGUUUGGACGCCUAGGUUCCUGGGUCCCAGACACGCGCAUGGGCAGGAAGCUAGCUAGACCAGAGCCAGCUAGUGUAGACAACCCAUCUGUGCGAGCAGAGACUGGUGGGAGCUCCGACGGGGUGUUCAGGGACGGCAAUAAGAAGGUUUCCAGCCGCCAGCACAGGGGCUGGGUUUCCGCUUCCCUCCCGGGCGCGGGGACAGAGGGAGCGAGACCGAGCUUCGGCCCGGCCGCCGCCGCCAUGUGGUCCCCAGCCCCGGCCCCCGACCCGGCCCCCGAGCCUGCCGGCCACUCCGGGCCCGACGCGGCGGUGGCCGGGCUCCGCGCCCUCCUGCCGGCGCCCGCCUUCCUCUGCUCGCUCAAAGGCCGCCUCCUGCUGGCCGAGUCGGGUCUCUCCUUCAUCAUCUUUGUCUGCUAUGUGGCAUCCACAGCGUCUGCCUUUCUCACGGCUCCUCUGCUGGAGUUCCUGCUGGCCCUCUACUUCCUCUUUGCUGGUGCCAUGCAGCUGAAUGACAAGUGGCAGGGCUUGUGCUGGCCCAUGAUGGACUUCCUACGCUGUGUCACAGCGGCCCUCAUCUACUUCGCCAUCUCCAUCACAGCUGUUGCCAAAUACUCGGAUGGGGCUUCCAAAGCAGCUGGGGUGUUCGGCUUCUUUGCCACCAUCGUGUUUGCAGUUGACUUCUACCUGAUCUUUAACGACAUGGCCAAAUUCCUCAAACAAGGGGACACCGCAGCCGAGACCACAGCCGAGAAGGCAGAAGAAGAGAAUUCCUCUGACUCCGACUCCAACUCCAACUCCGACUGAAGGCCUGCCCUGCCCUGGCAACCCAAGCCACGUGGGCCUUUACUGGAACAUGGCCAGGGGACCGUGUGUCUUGGGAGGGAGGCUGUGACAUAUUGAGCAGCAGUGGGAGUUGCUGGCGGAGCGGGCCUCCUCACAGCCCCAAGGUGAUGUUGCUGAGCCCAGCAUACAAGAUGGCACCCCAUGGCCUAGCACUAACUACUCUUGCACAGGAGGGCAUCUUGAAUGUUCUGCCCCUUUUCCCCACGCCUGGCCCACAGACCUUAAGCCCUUAACCUCUCUGCCAAAAAUAAGCACAAGGGGAGAAGCAGAUAGAGCCUUGUUAUCCCCAUCACAAGAAGCAUUUCAUGCUUGAGGGUUGGGGGGGACACCAUGCAGGGCCAACCUGCCACGCCCAGUGGAUUUUGUCUGCAUUAGUGCCCCUGCUCAUGUUGGGCACUUGGUCAAGAAUGAUCCUUCCAAGAUUCUUUUGUUCAAGGAGCACCAGUUCCCUCUUCAUUCUUGAAGAAGGGAGGAAACUGACCUUUGCCCUAUCAUCUAGGAGAGAGUGGGUCUCAGUGCCCAUAACUGACACCUCACACCCUUGGAGACCAUGUCAUCUUAGGGUGACAUGACUAUUCUGGGUCUAAGACUGUUUCAAAGUAACGCUCCGAGACUAGCUUACUCAGUCCAAAAGAUCGAGGGUACCAAAGGAUGAAACGGCAGGGACAGCAUCCUGGGUAGCUGGGCAGGCCCAGCCAAACCCUCUCUCUCCCUGGGGUGACGCCAGCAGGUGACGGGUUCUCAGGCACUCAGGACAGUGUGCUUCUAGACACCAGAGCAGGUCUCCUGACCGCCUCGAGAGAGACAAGACGUGCCUUCUGUGUUCACCUAAGGACCUAGGCUGUGUAUAUACCUUCAGUGGGAUUUUAUAACUUUAUAUAAUUUUUUUUUAUACAAAAGCAGCUUCUUAAAUUGCAUUUCCUGUGACCCAAGGGGACUCAUGAAUGAGCCAGAGUUCUGGACCCAUGUUAUGGGCAUUUGUAACCUUUGUUCUUCUUUUGCAUGUGAAUCUCCUACCCUGAAAAAAGCCGUAAUGGAUUAAACCAGACUGGCUCCCUG